CUAAUUGGCCGUAUGCUGGGUUACCCGACCUCCAAACCCCAGUCCAUAGAACCAAACACACCCUGUAAUUUCAUUCGCCGCAACCCUAGAAUUUAAAAACCCCGAGUCCUCUUCCUACCGAUCCUCCCGGCGGCAACCUGCUGGGAGAGAUUUCCGGAAACAUGGCGGCAGAGUCCUUCUUGUCUCGCGUUGUGCGCUUAGGUGGGGAAUGGCUCUCGUCGUCCUCCGUUUUCGAGUUGGCCAACGGCCUCGCUCGACUAGCUUUGGACUCCUCCGCCAUCUCCAAGCUAUCGUCGUCCGCCGGACCCGAGGUCUCGUUUUCCAUUCCCGAUGAUUUAACGAUUGAAGAGACCCGAGCCUCCGUCCUCGUCCUUUUGAAUAACCUCCUUUGCCUCUCCUCCUCCUCCGCCUUCGCUAUCACCCAGCUUUAUGAUGUCUUCCUCAACCUAGAUGAGUCUGGCCCACGCUCCUACAAGUUUCAAGAUGGUGGCGUCCCCCAGCAAAACGAUGUUGACUACUACUCCCUUGCCGCUCUCGAUGGCAUCUCCGCUCUUUUGGACCACGGCUCUUCUGCUCUUGGCCCCGUUGCUGAUGCUGUCGCUGCCCUCUCCUGUGAGGCCCUCAGGGCCGACCUUUCCUGUUUCAAUCUUACUGACUCUGGGGAUGGCUCCUUCGCUAAGGAUGACGUCGCUGUCGCCUCCGACUUCAAGGUCUUUUUCAGUGGUUCCAAAUUGGUCGUCAACAGCAAAAACCCUACUUCUGCUACCCCGGCCAUCUCCAGGAUACCUGCUGUCUAUGGCAAUUUUAGGGAAGUAUGCCGACUUCUGCACUAUAGGACACGUGUCCAGUUGAGCUGUGCAGCUUUCAGAGCUGGCAGUGCCGAAGCCAUGUCUACCGCUCUGUCAUCUCUGGCUCUGGCUCUUUACAAUUUAGCUGAUACCAGCUCCUCCCGAGCCAAGCUUCUCCUUGAUUCGCUUCCCUCUGACGAAUUACGCUCCAUUUUGGGAGCUCAGAGGUCCUCCAGCAAAAUUGAUUCCAUUAAACAACUCCUCUCUUAUUCUCAGGCGGCCCUAAUCGACAAGGAUUACAUUAGGUCUGUGCACCAGAUUUAUUGCUUGUUGGAGGCUGUCAGGAAGACUGUUUGUUGGGAGGCCACUGUAGCGUUUGUGUCCCUGGAAGGCGGUGGCAUAAUUGCAGCAGUUACCGAGAGCAAAAAUCCACCUCUUAGUGCUCCUACUGGUGCUGAUAAGAAAAAGGGUGAAAGGAGAAAAAAAGUUUUGGGGAAAGGAUCCUCAGCCUUGAUGCAGUUCAUCAAGGAAAGCUUGCUAAGUGGGGAUGGGGCGGCCAAUGAAACCAAUUCCAUCUCAGCUUCUACUUUAUUUGAGAAAUGGGCUCAAGAUUUUCUCUUUUUUUUGGACCCCCGUAACUCUAGAUUUGAGAUUUUACUGGAAAAACUGAAAGAUAUCGUGGCGAGCAAUGAAAGUCGAAGGCUCCCCAAGCUCCCCAAGGGAACGAGAGAUUUUGCAAAAGAACAGAUGACUGUAAGGGAGAAAGCCUUCUCAAUUAUUGUUGACGUAUUUAAGAGGCAUGGAGCCACAGCUCUUGAUACACCGGCCUUCGAAUUGAGAGAGACUCUUAUGGGAAAGUAUGGCGAAGACUCAAAGUUGAUUUAUGACCUUGCUGAUCAGGGUGGAGAACUUUGCUCGCUCCGUUAUGACCUGACUGUCCCAUUUGCCAGAUAUGUGGCUAUGAAUGGUCUUACAUCUUUCAAAAGGUAUCAGAUAGCAAAGGUGUACAGGAGGGAUAAUCCAUCUAAGGGAAGAUUUCGUGAAUUUUAUCAAUGCGAUUUUGAUAUUGCUGGUCAAUUUGAAAAAAUGGGGCCAGAUUUUGAGGUCAUCAAGAUACUGACUGAAUUGCUAAAUGAGCUUGAUAUUGGGGAUUAUGAGGUGAAAUUGAAUCAUCGAAAGUUACUAGAUGGUAUGAUGGCCAUAUGUGGGGUGCCACAGGAAAAAUUUAGAACUAUUUGUUCUAGCAUCGACAAACUAGACAAACAAUCUUUUGAGCAGAUAAAGAGAGAAAUGGUGAAUGAGAAGGGUUUAACUGAAGAGGUUGCAGAUGCAAUUGGCACAUUUGUUAAAGAACGGGGACCCCCCAUGGAACUGUUAUGUAAGUUGAAACGCAAGGGCAGUGAGUUCUUGGAGAACAUUGAAUCCCACCUUGCAUUGAACGAAUUGGAGAUCUUAUUCAAAGCUUUAGGAAAAGCUAAAUGCGACAGCAAAGUGGUUUUUGACUUGAGUCUUGCAAGAGGCCUUGAUUACUAUACUGGAGUCAUAUUUGAAGCUGUUUUUAAAGGGUCUACACAGGUUGGUUCAAUUGCUGCUGGGGGACGUUAUGACAACCUUGUAGGAAUGUUUGGCACAAAGCAGGUCCCUGCAGUUGGCAUCAGUCUAGGAAUAGAGCGAGUAUUUGUGAUAAUGGAACAGCUUCAGAAAGAUAGAAACGAGACGAUGCGGGCUACUGAAACUGAAGUCCUAGUGAGCAUUUUGGGCGAUGACCUGUCUUUGGGUGCUGAACUGGCAAGCGAACUUUGGGAUGCCAAAGUAAAAGCUGAGUACAUGUUGGAUAAAAGACUGAUGAAACACAUCGGACGUGCCAGAGAUUCGAGGAUCCCUUGGAUGCUAAUUGUUGGAGAAAAUGAACUUAGUCAAGGUGUAGUUAAAUUAAAAGAUGUCGUGGCCACUAAGGACUAUGAUAUACCUCGAAGUAGGCUUGUGGAGGAGGUCUGCAUGCGGCUAAAUAAAUAAAUUGUAAAAUUGCAGAUUCUGAUUAAUUGGGAAGCAAAUGCUAGGUUUUGUUACAUUGGGUUGAUGAUUGUGAAGCAAAUGCUGAUUAUUGAGAAGGAAGGGAUCCGUUUUUUUUUUCCUUGGAUCUUUCGGGCCUAUUGAGUUUGUGGUGGUGAUUGCUUACAUUGCUCGGCGGUUCAUUCUUUUACGGCUGAAAAUCGGCAUGUGUAGCUUUUGUAUUCAAAGAGAGACAGAGAAAUAAAGCCAGCCUUGUUCA